UUAGCUGAGUAACGGGUAUCUGAUAGUCGAGGUACUCGACUAUAGCGUUCUUCCUUGUUUUUCUAUGCUGACUAACAAGACUUAUAGAAGUGGUCAAGAAAAGUUGAUUAGAAACAUUAAGAAACUUAUACAGAGUACGGAAUCCUUAAUAAUAAAUAUUAUUGAACAAUUUUUUUAAAAUAUAGACCUAUUUUUCUAAACUAAUCUACAAGACCGUUUACUGACUUAUAGAAAAUAAAUAUUGCUAAGAUGUUGAAUGCGAUAGUUAAUUGGUCAAGCUAAAAUUUUGCAACUAUUAUAAGAUAUAAUUUUGUUUUCAACAAGCCUAUUUCGAGUUAAGAAUUAGUACCAUUCUGAAGCGAAUACCUUGUCAAUUAAAACCAAACAUUUCAAUAUGUUUGUUACUAAAGCAAAGCUAAUAAACUUUUGUGUGACAAAACAAAAGCUUUUUCGCCGAUUUACCUAUAAAAGAUCUGUCCCACUCUAAAACAUGGAGAAGUUAAAAUGUAAAUUCCACGCCCCAUUGCCAAGUGGUGGUCCAAAUUAACAGCUAAUUACGUGCGAAUGAGAACUACGGUGGGAAUGGGGUGUACGGGAUCCCCAGAAAAUGGUAGAAAAUGGAAAAGGGGCAGUACACACCAAACACGUACAGCAGCUAAAUGGCGGGAGCGAGACAGAUAAAGGGGGUCGGACAGCGAGCCAAACAUCAUUUGAAUACAAAAUUGCCCUUGAAAAGGGUUUGCCUGCCAUAUACAAAAGGCAAAAAAGUUCCAAAAAUAGCAACUUAAUACAAAAAACAAACAGAAAAUCCAAAGUCCCGUCGAGGCGACAACAAAAGUGACAAAUUAGUCAGGGGCGUCGACACCAAAAGCGUUACAAUUGAGAAAGGGUGCCCCCAAAAUGUCCCUUAAGCCCCCACAGUGUAUCUUAAAACAGUUCAACUUCCAAAAUCCAGCUGAAACAUUUAUAAACUUUCGACACUAAAGAGCAUACAAAAUUUUUGUCCAGUUUAAAGCAUCGUUUAUGGCCAACAUUCUUUAUAACGUUUUAGUAACUUAGUUUAUACUGUUAAAGUAAAAUUAAAAAAAACAGAAAACAUAACAUUUCGCAAGAUUUAAACUUAGUUUCAUAUCUUAACUUGAAUUUACAAUUAUUCAUCCAGAUGUACAUAUAUGAUUAAAAAUAUUAUAGGCAAAUAAUAAAAGAGUACUAUGUUGAAAAAUCAAUUAAAGCUGCAACUUGAAAAGAAUUCGAUGUUAAAUUUAACUUCAAAUUUGAGAAACGAGUACUAAGUACAAUUUUGUGAUCCAUAACUCUUAUUUGGAAUAUCUAACACUGAUCGCCUGGCAAGAAGAAGCUUCUGCAUAAAUAAUUGGCGGAAUAAUUGGCUUCGCUCAGGCGUAAUUAGCCGGAAUUCACGGAAUCCCUUCACCAUGAUGACAACGCGGGCGAGGCCAAAAGUCAAAUACCGGGACCAAAUGCAUGAACAGCACAGAAACACAAACGCAGGUGAAGGCGAUGCGAUGCGAUGGCAAAGGCAAAGGCGUGUGCCAUCUAAAAUUUAUAAAAAUCAAAGAAAGCACUGGGAGCUCAAGGAACCAAGUCCUUGGCGGUCGAAAUCGGGCUGCCAAGGUAUCCUCAACUGCGUGGCAAGCCUCUGCAGAAAAGUAAGUGAACCCUGGAGGAGUGCUAAAAGGGAGGACGAGGAGCAGGAGGUCAGCUUCGAGUGAAACAAAAGGGAAAUGUCGAAAACGAAUCUGGAUACACAUCAUCAUUUGUCUUGGCGGAAAGAAGGCGGUGGCGACGAAGGAGGCAGUGGCUCCAUUUAGGCCAGGCACAUUGAUGAAUGAAGUGCGUAGUGGCUGAAAGGCCAAAGGGCAGGCCGCAUUAAAAAUGCACACGCAAUCAGAAAAUUCUUUACGACGGUCUCAUAAGCUGAGGACUCCGGGCACCAGGACUCCAGGACACGGUACUCCCGGAUCCCGACUCCAUGAGCAGCCAGGUGAUGGAUCAGCGGCCUCAGAUAAGACAGGCGGAGAAGGAGCUGGAGCUGGAGCUGGAGCCGUGGUAAUGAGUGAGCUGAAUUGGGGCUGCUGCCGUCAAAUGUUGUAAACCCUCUUUUGAGCCGGGCCUCUCGCCGUACCGUUGGUGGCAAUUUAUAAUUUGUUUGAGGGCUUUCAGCGGCCUUUCAGGGCAAUUACCCCGCACCUGGCUUUACCUUUGGCAGCAACACCUUCGCAGCAUUUCGGCUUGACUGGCUGCGAACUUUGGCACCCCGGUUGGCCAGGACUCGGAUUCGGAUUCGGGUUCGCUUACUGGGUCAACGUGGUGGCCAUCUUCCCCCCUGUUGUGUAUAAUGGAACUGCCGAGAAUGUUUUCCUUCACGGAGCACGUUCAUUCAGCCAGGAUGCGUGUGUGCACUCGAAAAAAAGUUCAGUUUCCUCUACGUACUUGUUCUUUUAUUUCAAAUUAUUUCCUGAUUGUAUAACCAUAGGACAAGGUAUAUUAUAUACAUAGAAGACCUCCUCAGUUCUGUUAACACUAAUUAAAUGUUGAUUGUUGAUUCAUCAGUAUAUUAACUCAAAUAAGUGAAAAGUCGCUGGAAGUUCAUGUACAAACAGUUUACGUUUAUCCCUUUCUGGUUGAGGCAUAAAUUAAAUUAAAUUCGUUCGUUAUUACACUCAAAGAAGUAUUCGCCUUGAAUUCAAUGGUGUCUAUUUCUUUAUAUGUU